GUAAUCAUCACCUCAUUCUCUUGCGGGCAGCUUUCUCUACCAUGGCUUCCAUGUAUACACCGCCACCAAAACCCUAACAACGCCGCCGCCGGCUCUACUAAGGCGUUAAACCACCGCCGGCUACUAUUGAGGCCGAUAAAAAUCGCCACACUCUCGUGUGGACAUCUUAUCACUCUACAAUGGAUCCUACAUCCACACACAACCACAAAAACCCUAGCACAUCCGACGCCUCCCUGAAAUCUGCUCCGGAGGACGAAUACCUCGCGUGUUCUACUUAUCUAUCUCGUCAACAAAUUCUGCGACGACGAUCGCACCACCUGAAGCAACUGACGAAAUGUUACCGUGACCAAUACUGGGGACUUAUGGAGGAACUUAGAGUUAAGCACAGGGAAUACGUGUGGAAAUUCGGUAGGAAUCCGUUCCAAGAGGAGCCUAAUCAAGACGAUAAAGAUAAUGUCAAAGAGGAGGAACUCAAAGACGCAAUUGACGACGGAAUUGUCGAAUCCGGCGAUGGAGACGGCAAAAGCAAUGGCUUGAUCUGUACUUCCAGUGGAUGUACUCUGAAGGCCAUGAUUUUGACCAAAUUUUGUCGUCUCCAUAUCCUAUCAGACCCGAAGCAACAACUCUACAAACCUUGCGAGUAUGUCUCUAAAAGCGGACAAGAUGCAAAUGCGAUAUGUGGGAAGCCUGCACUACGCUCAAUGGUGCCUUCUCUAUGCAGUGGUCACUUCCAGCUUGCUCAAGAACAUGUCAUUCGUGCCUUGAGAAAGGCAGGGCUUGACAUUACUUCUACAACGAAUAUUGCUCCAAAAUUACAUGUUGUUGUGGCUGAAUAUGUUCGAGAGAUUCAGGAAAGAAGGAGGAUUGCUUCAAGGGUGAAUAGGAAAAAGAUCGUGCCUAAGGUUGAAACUGAGCUGACUGCAGAUAGGUAAUCAAUCAUAUUAUCAUACAGAGGUUUUGCAGUGUUUUGGACUUUGGUAGUGUACAGAAGUUUAAAGCAUAGUUGUAAAUCAGAUCUUAUUGGUGGGUAAAUGUUGAAUGAAAAAAUGGUUUGGCAA